AUAUUUUUUCUUCAUCUUUCUCAUUGCUUUCAAGUACUGCAGCUCUUCAACUUCAAUAAAAACACACACACACACACACAAUUCUGACAAGUUAGAGCUUUAAUUUCGUGCUUCACAAGACUUUUCUCGUCUCAUCUAAGUUCACUCAGUUUGGAUCGCGAUCAAUGUUUUAAUUGCUAUCAGGCCGGCUGAAGACCUUUUUCUUGGUGGAAAUUGAGCCAACCAUGGCGCAGAGUAACUGGGAAGCUGAUAAGAUGCUCGAUGUUUACAUUCAUGACUAUUUACUGAAAAGAAAACUCCAUGCAUCCGCAAAAGCUUUUAUGACUGAAGGGAAGGUUGCGACUGAUCCAGUAGCAGCUAUCGAUGCACCUGGAGGUUUUCUUUUUGAAUGGUGGUCUGUCUUCUGGGACAUUUUUAUUGCAAGGACCAAUGAGAAACAUUCCGAGGCUGCUGCUUCUUACAUAGAGACACAACAAAGCAAGGCAAGAGAGCACCAACAACAGCAGCUGCAAAUGCAACAGUUGCAACUCAUGCAGCAACGAAAUGCACAAUUACGUAGGGAUCCUAAUCAUCCUCCCCUUGGUGGCCCAACAAAUGCAGUGAACCCUGAAGGAAUGAUGGGUCAACCAUCAGCCAGUGUUCUGGCUAUGAGAUUGUACGAAGAACGGAUGAAGCAUCCUCAUUCAGUAGAUUCGGAAACGUCGCCGGCUUUAAUGGAUGCCAAUAGGAUGGCCCUUCUUAGAUCUGCAACUAAUCACCAAGGCCAGUUGGUGCAAGGGAAUUCUGGGAGCAUGCCUGGAUCUUUGCAGCAAAUGCGUCCUCAAGUGACGAAUGACAUAAAGAUUGAACCUAACUUGGGCAAUCAGAAAUCUUUGCCUUCUCACCCGUCAUCAAUAUAUGGACAAGCAAUUUUGCAGUCAAAAUCUGGCAUGGGCACUGCAGGAUUUAAUCAAGGGGUUACGGGUCUUCCACUAAAAGGUUGGCCUCUAACGGGAAUUGAUCAAUUAAGGCCAAAUUUAGGUCUACAACAAUUACAACAUCCAAAUUUGCAGAACCAGAAUCAAUUUCUCCUGGCUUCACAAAACCAGCAAGCUUUAGCCCAAGCCCACGGCCAAGGCAGUCUUGGAAGCUCACCUAACUAUGGGUUUGGGGGGCUACCACGAGGUGGUGUGAAUGCAAAAGAUGGCCAACACUCAAGAAAUGACGGAAAUCUCUGUUCCCCAGUUCAGUCGAGUUCACCAAAGCUGAAGAUGCCCCAAAUGCAACAAUCAUCCUCUCAACAACAGGAUCAGUUACCACAACAAGUGCAACAGAAUAAUAACAGAAAGAGAAAACAACACUCGUCUUCUGGACCAGCCAAUAGUACUGGUACUGGAAAUACGGUAGGUCCUUCACCAAACUCCCCACCAUCAACAACUCAUACUGCUGGUGAUGGGAUAACUACUGCCAGUAGCCUGCAACAUGUAAACAGUGGACAUAAAGGGUUAAUGAUGUAUGGUUCAGAAGCAGCAGGCCUUGCAUCAUCUGCAAAUCAGUUGGACGACAUGGAUCAUUUUGGAGACGUUGAAUCUUUUCUGUCUAAUGAUGGAGAAGAUGGACGGAGUUUAUAUGGCACGUUAAAACAAAAUCUUACUGAACAUAAAACUGAGCCUGCUAAAGGAUUCUCCUUUGGAGAAGUUGGUUGUAUACGGACCAGAAACAAGGUCACAUGCUGCCAUUUUUCUUCAGACGGGAAGCUGUUGGCUAGUGCUGGGCAUGACAAGAAGGCUGUUCUUUGGAACAUGGAUACCUUGCGAACGGAGAGCACUCCUGAUGAACACCAGUACUUGAUUACAGAUGUCCGUUUCAGGCCGAAUUCAACUCAGCUGGCGACGGCUUCAUAUGACAAGUCUGUGCGAUUGUGGGAUGCAGCUAAUCCAAGCUACUGCUUGCAUGCUUAUACCGGGCACAAUUCUCAUGUUAUAUCCCUCGACUUCCAUCCCAAGAAGAACGAUGUAUUCUGCUUUUGCGAUAGUAACUAUGAAAUUCGUUACUGGAACAUAAGUCCUUUUUCAUGCACUCGAGUUUCAAAGCAAGGAGGCAAUUCACAAGUACGAUUUCAACCAGCAAGUGGUCGCCUGCUAGCCGCAGCAUCAGAUAAAGUCGUGUCCAUCUUUGAUGUUGAAACUGACAUGCAAACACAUUCUUUCCAGGGACACAACAGGGUGGUUAACUAUCUAUGCUGGGAUCUAAAUGGUGAUUAUUUGGCCUCCGUUAGUGAGGAAUCUGUAAAAGUUUGGUCGUUGGCCUCUGGGGAAUGCAUUCAUGAACUCAACUCGAACGGAAACCAGUUCCAUUCGUGUGUUUUCCAUCCAAGCUAUUCAGCUCUCUUGGUUAUUGGUGGAAUGAGGUCUUUGGAGUUGUGGAAUAUGGCAGAGAACAAAAGCAUGACAGUACCAGCACAUGAAAAUAUAAUUGCUGCUCUGGCACAGUCCCCUCUGACUGGAAUGGUUGCCUCCGCAAGUCAUGACAGUUCUGUCAAGUUAUGGAAAUAGUGAUUCUGAUUAACUGAUACUAUUUGGAGAUGCAGCCCAGCGCUGACCCAUAAAUUCUGAGCAAUACUGGCAUUCGUGGAACCACCAGAGCAGUCUCUCUCAGUCUCAAGUAAAUGUAGUAUAUGUCUUUAGUAUCUCUCUUAUUCGUCUGGAAUGUUUUUGUUCAGUUGUAGUUUUGUUAUAUAUCUUCCACCUACACUUUCGUUUAGGCUUGAAGCAGCAGAUUGGAAGUACACAUAGUGAGCUCUUAAAGAUUUAAAAGCCUUAUAAUCUUUCUUUACUAUAGAUUUAUGCACCUAUAAUGAUAGGAAAAUAUUAGUGUUAUAUGUUGGAUAUUAGUUACUAUGUUUUGUUCGUUCAUGUCUUCA